AUGUCCUUAAUUCAUAAUUUCGUUUAGAAGGUGCUACAAUUUAAAGGCACUUACGAUGACGCCUUGUUACAGGUUCAAUCCUUCAUCGCGUAAUUGUUGUGCCACAUAUUCGAAGGAAAGAAUAAUCAAGAAUUUCUGGUGUUUAAUGCCUGCAUAAAGAGGACAGAUUAGGUCCUAAUCAAUCUUCACGAUUACUUUGUUGGUAAUGCAGUUUGAAUAUGAGUAGAGAUUCCUCCUCCGAUAAAACGUAUAUUUAGAGAUGGGCCCUACAAUCAAGAGGGAUUCAUAAGCAGUGAUGACGAAGUCUAACAAAGCGUUUUGCCAUCUGCUACUAAACUGAGACAGACAAAUGCUCCUAUAGUGAAGGAAGUGAUUUUACCAGUUGAUGAGAAAGUAAGAAUGAGGGAUGAUUUAAUUCAAAAAAUGACUAUUGGCUAUUUGAAGGAUGUACAACAUUUGAGGGAGAUGUUUGUAAGGAAAGACUUGUUCCCCAACGAAGAAAUUUUCGAUGCCUCCUAUUACGAUUAUACAAAUACGCUGGAUCCCAUAAUAAGAUAAUUUAUCUACAACAAGAUAUUGGAUCUUACACAAUAAUUCAGGCUCCAAAUCUAAAGCCUUACUUAAUAAAAUUUAAAGUACCUCACUGAAAUUGAGAAAUUGAAACGACUGGUAAAAAAGAUUAUUGGUAGUGCCGAGAUAGAAUCGUAGAUCAAGGCUAUUUUAUAAAUAGAUAAAGAUUUAUAUAGAUUCUGGAAAGGUGUAUAGGAGGUGAUAGGAACGCAGCAGAUUUUUGAGAUAUUUGAGAAAAGGAAAUAAGGCUAUGGAAUUGAUUACGUAUUAAUUGACAGGUGCAUUAACAACAGUUAAGCAUCUGCCCGAAUUUUCCAAGAAUUUAAAACUCAAUUAGAAGGUAAUGAUUGCUAUAGCAAAUAGAGCAAUAAAUAAAAUUCACUGAGCAAUUAUUAAGAGAACUGAAUAUGAAAAAGAAGGAGGUCGACGAAUUGCAGUAUCACUUACAUGAUUUGAAAGAGCAAAAAGAUGUAGAUGUUCUAAAAUUGAAAACCUAUAUCAAAUCUAGUGUCGAGUAGAUCUACGAAAUUAAAUAUAAUACAUGUAAUAAAUAUAUUUUCAAGUCUUUUAAGACAGAGAACAGUAGAGACAGAAUUUGCAAGAAGCCCUCGAUUUAAUUGCAGAUAAAGAUCAACAAAUCUGGAUUAGAAAAUGUGUUAAGAGACAUGCUUUAUACAAGUGGAUCUAUUUAGCCAAGAUAAAGAAAUUAUUAAAUUAAAAGAAUACAAGGAGAUCUUUAUCUAAUGAUAGAUCAUGUAAAUCAACAAGUGUUUUUGGAUUACGGGAUAACAGAGUUGACAACCUCAAAAAAGAAUUGAAAAGUCAGAAUGAAAUAGCUAUGGAAGCAUAAUUGAAUAUGUUUGAAUGUUAAGGUGAAUACCAAACCCUAAAAUCCAAUUAUACUAAUUUGAAGUAUAAUUUUGAAAUGCAAUUAUCAACAAGAAUAGCAACUCAAUAGGCCAAUGUAUAAUUAGAAAAUAUUGUUGACUAUUUUGGCAAGAUAUUCAAUUUCAUUAAGAAUAGAGUUGGUCUAAAUUAUUUGGAAAUCAAUUUGAAAAAUUCUAAAUACUUUUUGGAGAAAGCUGAUUAACAUUUGAAAUAGUUUGAAUAGAGAGUAUCCUCCUUAACAGAUAAGGAUUAAAAUUUGAUCCAUGAAUCUCUAAAGGAGCUAAUGAAAAGGCAAAUAGUAUGGAGAAGGAUUCAUUCCAAUUGCAAUAAUGCAUUCACAAUCACUGACGUUUAUGAUAUUAAAAAACCUCUUUAAGAUGCUGCAUGCGAACUGAAUUCAUAUAUGCUAUUAAAAAAUGAGUAAUUAAAAUAAGCUGAAUAUGAUAAUCAAAUAAUAGAAAUGGAAUUAGAAUAGGCUGAGAAAUAAUUCUAAUAAUAAUUGGAAAAGGAACAGCAAAAAUAACAGGAAGAGGAAGAAGAAGAAGAAUCUGGAAUAGUGUAACAGACAGAUGAUUAAGCAUAGGAUUCUCAAAAUGUAAAUCAAUUAAUAAUUUAUAGUGUAAUUAAAGAGUGAAAGUACCAUUGCAUGAUACCUAAUAAGCAGACUUCGAACAUAAAUAUCAUUCUAAUCAAUACAAACGACGUAAGAGUUUAAUAAGAACUGAAUAAAAUGAAUUUCAUUAAUAUAAACCAAUUGUUGGACACGAUAGGGGGAAGAUGAAAAAUCAGACUUAACAAACUAAUGUUUCCAUUGAUUGUACAAAGUGCUACAAUGAUAUAUUUGAAAGGAUGAAUCCAGAAUUUCAAUAAAAGUAAGAAGAAGCUAAGUCACAAGGCAUAAUUUAAAUUUCCAAGUCUAAAUUUUUCUAAUCAAAAUAGCACACUAUGGCUACAAUCUUGACUCAAUAAAAUGUAAUAAGAAUGUAAUCUGCAAGAUUUAAAAAACCAGAAAGGCAACAAAUAAAUCAUAUAAAUUAUCAAACUAAUAGGCCACAAAGUAAAUAUGAGAGAUCCAUAACUUUAAAAAACGAUAGAGCCUAAAUAAUAAUUACACCAAAAUCUGUUCCCAUAACUUAAAGAUAAUUUAAAUAAACAAAAUGA